GAUUGAUUGAUUGCUAGGGUCCAAAUUUGCUCCCAUUCUUUCUAACACAAUGGAAAGAAGGGGAGGGAAGAAGGUGGAAAAUCAGAUUCCAGCUGAGUUGUGAAAAAAAAAAAAAGUAAAGGGAUCUUAAUUUAGAGAAUUGGAAAAAGCUUUGAGAAUGAUGAUGAUGGUGAUGAAUUUUGAUGGUUCUUCCUUUUCCUGUUCUUUAAGUUUUUACCUUUCUUCAAAAAUUCAAAGGAAGAAAGAGAGAAAUUAAUCUCAUUGACCAUCACCUUCAUCCCCUCUCUUUCUUCUCUCCUUCCUGCUGUCUGCCCAAAACUUUCCUCCCCAAUAUCCAUACUUCAUUCUUCAUCUAAUAUCUCUGUCACUGAUUAGAAGUAUUUAUUCAACUCCAAUGGUUUCUUUCCCUGAAACCCUUUGAUUUCCUUACAAAGCAAAUAAUGGGUGUUUGUUUUUCGGCCUCCAAAGUCAGUGGUUCCAAUAGCAACACCAAUAACACCGCCGUCAACCACCAUCGGAGAGGUAGCACCGCCAACCCUCAACCCAGCACAACCGAUACAAGUCAAAAUCAGAAGAGACCCAAUGAUAAUCCGAAGAGGAAUAGUCAGCAGCUUAAGAUUAAGGAGAAAAAUGUUUCGCGGCGGCAAAGUGGGGUGAUUCCUUGUGGGAAACGCACCGAUUUUGGGUAUCAUAAGAAUUUUGAUGAACGGUACACGAUCGGUAAAUUGCUUGGACACGGUCAAUUUGGUUAUACGUAUGUAGCCGUCGAUAAAGCAAAUGGGGAUCGAGUUGCUGUUAAGAAAAUUGAGAAGAAUAAGAUGAUUCUUCCCAUUGCUGUCGAGGAUGUUAAGAGAGAGAUCAAGAUAUUGCAAGAGCUUACCGGCCAUGAGAAUGUAGUUCAGUUCCAUAAUGCAUUUGAGGAUGACUCAUAUGUUUAUAUUGUGAUGGAGUUAUGUGAAGGCGGUGAAUUGUUGGAUCGGAUAUUGUCCAAGAAAGAUAGCCGCUAUACUGAGAAAGAUGCUGCUGUAGUUGUUAGGCAAAUGCUGAAAGUUGCAGCAGAGUGUCACUUACAUGGCUUGGUACACAGGGACAUGAAACCAGAGAACUUUCUUUUCAAGUCAGCCAAAGAGGACUCCCAUCUGAAAGCCACAGAUUUUGGUUUGUCAGAUUUCAUCAAACCUGGGAAGAAAUUUCAUGACAUUGUCGGUAGUGCAUAUUAUGUCGCCCCUGAAGUUUUGAAAAGGAAGUCAGGGCCAGAAUCAGAUGUCUGGAGUAUAGGGGUGAUCACAUAUAUUUUACUUUGUGGGAGGCGGCCUUUCUGGGAUAAGACAGAGGACGGCAUAUUUAAGGAGGUGUUGCGAAACAAGCCUGAUUUUCGACGGAAGCCUUGGCCAAGCAUCAGCCCUAGUGCUAAAGAUUUUAUUAAGAAGUUGCUUGUAAAGGAUCCCCGAGCGAGAUUAACUGCUGCCCAGGCCCUAUCCCACCGAUGGGUUAGAGAGGGUGGUGAUGCAUCGGAAAUCCCUAUUGAUAUAUCCGUUCUGAGUAACAUGAGACAAUUUGUGAAGUACAGUCGUUUGAAACAAUUUGCUUUGAGGGCAUUGGCUAGCACAAUUGGUGAAGAAGAGCUUGCUGAUCUACGUGAUCAAUUUGAUGCAAUUGAUGUGGAUAAGAAUGGCUCCAUCAGCCUUGAGGAAAUGAGACAGGCUCUUGCUAAAGAUCUCCCAUGGAAAUUGAAAGAAUCUCGUGUUCUAGAAAUUCUUCAAGCAAUUGACGUCAAUACCGAUGGCCUUGUCGAUUUCACAGAAUUUGUCGCAGCUACAUUACACGUGCAUCAAUUAGAGGAACAUGACUCUGUAAAGUGGCAGCAGCGGUCACAGGCAGCUUUUGAGAAAUUCGACAUAGAUAAAGAUGGAUUUAUAACUCCAGAGGAACUAAGAAUGCACACGGGCUUAAAGGGUUCCAUUGAUCCACUGCUUGAGGAAGCAGAUAUUGACAAAGAUGGUAAGAUAAGCUUAUCAGAAUUCAGAAGACUUCUAAGAACUGCAAGUAUUAGUUCAAGACCUCAUAUUUAGACCUUCUAGUCCCCAAAUUUCCCCAAAGAUGUAGAUAAGAAUGAAAAGUUGGGAAAAGAUUGAUGAGGAGAGAGGGGGAUCAAAUAACGCAAAAGUCAGUCAUCUUUAAGAAUUUUUACUUGCUGAGAGACCCUAGUUACUCGUUUGAUUGUCUUCAAUGCCGGGGCUAUACGAUAACGAGUAUUUUUUUAGGACUGUUAAUACGUUUUUAUAUAGAUAUAUAGUUUACCUUGGAUCUGCUUGAAAGCUGCUCCAGUUGGUGUGGAAUGUAUUGUAGUCCUUUAUGUUGCUGGGGUUUCUUGGUUUGUGCAAUGGAAAUGGCAUAUCUGACUACAAACUCUUAAAAUGAAAAAUUUGAUGGAAUGUAUUUCCUUGAUACCA